AUGGGUGGCUGCGUCCACAGUGACGGGCUGAGGCCGGCCAGGGGUCAGGUGUCCCUCUUUUACCAGCAGGGGGACACAACAUUGGGUUUGGUAUUGAUCCAGGGUCACGUGUAUUCCAACGUUUAUCCGGUUUCUCUGCCACUCUAAUUCGUUUGACCGAGCGAAGAGCUGGAAAAUGAUGGUGGGGUGGUUAGGCACCUGAUGGCUAGGUUCCUUCUCAGAAGUAUCUUCUUAUCGACAGACGAGGCCGCGUGCUUCUCAGACUCUAUGGCCCUGUGGGUCUCCAGGAGGUACGUGGAGGGUGUGAGGCAGUGUCUGAGCAGAAUCCUGCCCUCGCAGGUAAGGGCCAGUGGUUGGCUGGGUAGGAGGAGGAACAUGAUCUGCCCCAGGUUUGAAACCGAUUCCACUGGCUGCUGCAUCCCCAACUGCCUGCAUUUUUUUUUGGUCAAAUGUGAUCACUUCUGCAUCCUGAUUCCCGAUGGUGACUUCAUUUUUUAAGCCGGAUACUCGGCCUGCUUGGUGCAGGAGGGGUGGAAAGCAAAUUACAGGCUGGGAAUCAGAAUAUUUCAGAGACGGGUGAAGGGGUUGCAGCAGAGCGACCGCUACAUAAUGAAGUGCUCAGUGUUAAGGUCCAGGCUGGGCCAAGAGAGAGGCCACUGCCGACCCACGUCCACGCAGCCAAAUUCCCGUGCGGGCAGCGAGGCCACACACCAAGUAACCUCGUGUCACCCAUUCAGGAAGCGUGCUGCGCUGGCCGUGGGCGUGGCCCCUGGCGAAGGCCCUGCCACCAGCCUUUCGUCCACACACCUGCCAAGUGUGUACUUCUCCGUGUCACCUGUCCUCUCCCCUCCAGUGUCGUCCCAGCCGGAUCCAGAGUCUGGAGCCUUCCCCGUGACGGAGAGCGGGAACUGUGAGGCGGUCAGCGGGAACUGGCUGGGCGCUCCGGGCCCAGGCGGUCCAGGAAGCCUCAGGGAAGCUGGCCAUAGGGUAGCCCUGAGCCUGGGAUGGACUGAGAUGGCCGCCCCAUCCUCUGGCGGCGAACUCCUUGCCAGCAGGGGCUGCGUCUCCUUCAGCCUUUUAUUCUUCACGCUCCUUAUUGAACGGCCCUGCCCUUGGCGCUUGGGCCGUUCCUGCAAACAGCCAAACCUGUGGGAAGAAGCUGGGCAUCGUCUCCCUUUCUCCCAGAGCAAUGCAGUCAGCACGGUCCUAGGCUCCCUGGGAAAAGCGGGGUCCCCCAGACACCCUGCCUGCGGCCACGCUGUUCUCAGGUGCGAGGACCUCCUCCACAGCCCCCUCCCUGGGGUCUCGAGGCCUUCGGUCACCCUAACUGAUGGUCUAGGAACUCUCAGGCCAGAGCAGGCCCCCACCCAGCCACCAGGAAGUCCCCUCCUGCUGGGAGGGUUGUCACAGGGGGAUGUGGCUGCCACUGAGCCCACGCAGAGGAGGCCUAGCCAGGCCAGCCAGGAGGUCCAGCCAUUGGUGAGGCCCGCACUGACCAGCCUGGCGGAAGAGGCGGCGGGUCCCCCUGCUCCUUCAGCGAGCCCAGGAAACAUUCCCCGCAGUGGAGGCCUGGGGCCACACGGGAAGGGGGCCAGAGGGUACCUGGGCCUGUCACCCCCAGAACCAAGUGAGGACAGGGAGCGGCCAGGACUCACCCUUCUGCUGGGGACACAUCCACUGCCCUAACCGUGCAUCCUGCCACCGUGUGGUGGCAGCAGCCAGGCCCAGUGCCCACCCGAGGGCCUCAGGACCAUGGGAGGCACAAGGUGGGCCCAGCAGCGCCCCCUGCCCCCCACCAGUUCUUACUGCUCAGCCACUGCCAGCAAAACCAGCCGCCUGGCCCUCGUCAGGUGAGCCCUCUGUCCUCCACCUCCCAGAAGCCCCCAGCCUCAUCCGUGAGGGUCAGAGAGACCCCGAGGCCUGGAGUCACCCCCAGCCUCAUCCAUGGGAGGGUCAGAGAGACCCCGAGGCCUGGAGUCACCCAACUAGCUGGUGGAAUAGUCUGAGUGGGGGCUGCACUCACAGCCAGCAGACUCGCCCAGCCUGGCUGAGCCUGGAGCCCCUUCCCUGCUGCCCAGGGGACACCCAGUGGGAGCCGGCAGAGCCCACACUGGCAACCAGCCCUGAACACCUUGGGCCUCCUGAGCCUCAGAAUAUCAUGCAGGGGCUUCUGAGAGGCCCCCGUGCCAGGGUGAGUCCUGGA